UUCAUGUCAAUGUCACUUGAAAAUUGAAAUAAUAAUACAAAGGUACUCUGUGGAAAUAUCAAAUAACACUAUUAUGGAGAAUAUUUCAAAUGAAGAUACUUCGCAAAAGAAACCAGAACAAACUAAACAAAAACGUAUUGUUAAUGAUAACUAUAUCGUAAAAAAAAGAAUUGCUUCUCGACCGAAGGGUGGAGAUAACGUUAUUUUUGUUACAAGGAAAACAAAUUUUAAGGCCCAGCUAGACAAAUGCUGUGAGUUGCUGACGAAAGGAGAAAAUGAAAUAAUAAUACAUGGACUUGGUUCUGCAAUUCAAAGAUGUUGUAAUCUAGCUUUACAGGUUGAGAAAAACUUUGCAGGCACCUGUGAACUCGAAGUAAACACAGGAACUGUAUGUUUAGUCGAUGACUUGGAACCACUUACUGAUGAUUUAGACUAUGGCUCACAAGUGCGAAAUAACUCAGCUGUUCACAUAAAAGUCUCCCGAACGGCUAUGCUUGGAGCUAAUCAAUAA